CUUAGCGGCUCCUCCAUUGAGACCGAGCAGCCUGGCGGACACACAGGACAUCAGCGACAUUCAUUGCUUCACUUAAAGCGUCCCUUGUAUUUAUUUGUAUAUGUAACAGCUGACAGCUCAACAUGAGGACACUGCAGAGACUCGGGAACAUAUUUAAACAUCUCAGGAGCGUGUCUCAGCUGAGUGGGGCUCAGUUUACAACACACACUCUGCAUCCUGUCUGUCAACAUCAACACAAAUGGUUUAAAAACAGGGUUGAUGGUGAUAUAUUGAGGAAGAACCUCCACCUGACACCAAUAAGGCUGGAGAAAAGUGAACUGACUGAAGCAGCGUAUGAGAAGCUGGCAGACGAAACGUUGGACGCUCUCACGGAGUAUUUUGAAGACCUGACAGAUGAAGCUUUCACUGGAGCAGACUACGAUGUUGUCUUCUCUAGUGGCGUGUUGACAGUGAAGGUGGACAGUGAGCACGGCACUUAUGUCAUCAACAAGCAGACGCCAAACAAACAGAUCUGGCUCUCCUCCCCCUCCAGUGGACCCAAGCGCUAUGAUUGGACAGGAGCACGCUGGGUGUACACUCAUGAUGGUGUGAGCCUCCACCAGCUGCUUUCGAAGGAGUUUUCCAUCAUCUUCAAUAAAGAAAUUGACCUGUCUCACCUGACACGAUAACUACUGCGACCCAUACAAACUACUGUGAGAUCAAAGGGGAGCCAAAGAUGUACACAUUCACCCAUCACCAUUAACCCCGAGGACAGCAGUUGUAUAUAAUGAGUAAUGUAUAUGUCCUGUAGUGUGUAUUGUACAUUUGUAUUUCAUGGUGAUUUCAUUAAAUAUUUAAAAAUACA